AUGUUCUCGCCUUUGAUCCACCGGCUGAACGACCUCAAGCAGCGGGUCCCGCUGCUGAACCAGCUUCAUCUCAACUUCAUAUUCAUACAUUACUUUUAUAUCAUAUCAUGGGUGAUCGUCGGCUCCGUCAUCGUCUUUGCAGGUGGCAACAUGGCCUACAUCGAUGCCCUCUUUAAUGCCGCCGGCGCCUCCACCCAGAGCGGGUUGAACACGAUUGACCUCAACCAGAUGUACUUAUAUCAACAGAUCGUGCUCUAUUUUAUUACCCUACUUUGCACUCCGAUUUUCAUCCACAGCGGUCUGGUGUUUAUUCGGUUAUACUGGUUCGAGAAGCGAUUUCAACACGUGGCGCGGGAUGCGCGCGCCUUGCGCUCGACUCGAUCCCGCAUGGACACAGUCACUCAGGAUAAAGAGACUCGGGAGGUGAAUCGUGCCGAGCUAGGGGUGGGAGGUCGCUCGAUCGUGGUGCUACGGAACAACGCUGGCGAUGCUCGAGGGAGUCGACUCCCCAACCCUGCCGCCCAGUUCACCGAGCCCCAAACGGAUGACGAGUCUCCCGAUGGGAAAAAGCCCAGUGAACGGUCCAGCUCGGAGGAUACGGAGGACCCCACCGUGGAAGGCCGAUUCGGACUGGGAAGUCUGCGGGUACCGACCCAGCUGAGUCCCGAGCAUCACAUUGCCUUCCUCGAGAAUCAGCGCAAAAAUAAAGGCGCCCUGCGCAUUCCAAGUCCCCGCGAGUACGACCGAGGUGGAGUUCCCGAAACACUGGACGAGGGCGAGGAAGAGGAACGUGACCCGGUACAACAGCCAUCGAGUCCGCGAUCGAUUCGUCGACGAAGCUCGGCAGAUUCCGGUGAGAAUGACCAAGUUGGUCCGCUGGACGGACCGCACAUUACCAUCAACGAGCCGGAUAUCACACGCACCCGCACCCGCGGCAACACUUUUUCCCGUCUGGAUACGAGGCCAACGAUCCGCGAUACCAUGACCAAGGAUGUGGAGGAUAAUGCACUGGGUCCCGCGACUACCAAGAACACCUUUCGGGGCAUUUUCCGAUCGCUCACCCAGGAACAAGAACGGCCCACCCAGCCGUACCUGAGCUGGAACGCUACCGUCGCGCGAAACUCCAACUUUGUGGAUUUGACUGAGGAACAGCGCGACGAGCUGGGUGGGAUUGAAUAUCGUGCGCUGAAGACCCUCGCAGUGGUGCUGAUCUCGUAUUAUGUUGGCUUCCAUCUGUUCGGCCUGAUUUGUAUGGUUGGCUGGAUCAUGACGGUGAAUACUUGGGGUGCUGUGGUGACUGCCGAUGGCGUUGGACGGCCAUGGUGGGGAAUUUUCACAUCCGCGUCUGCGUUUAACGAUCUGGGAUUCACCCUGACGCCGGACUCGAUGUAUUCGUUCCAGAGAGCGGUUUUCCCUUUGCUUUUGUUGUCAUUUCUGAUUGUCAUUGGUAACACCGGGUUCCCGUGCAUGCUGCGACUUAUGAUUUGGACUCUGUCAAAGUUUGCACGACAAGGUACCGCGCUGUGGGAGGAGUUGAAGUUCCUCCUUGAUCACCCUCGUCGAUGCUUUACUCUUUUGUUUCCUCGGAAUGCUACGUGGUGGUUGUUUGCGAUUCUGGUGGCUCUGAAUGCCAUUGAUGUGAUCUUCUUUAUCAUUCUAGAUCUAAAUGACCCAGUGGUCACUGCAUUGCCACCCGGCAUCCGAGUGCUCGAUGGUCUGUUCCAGGCCGUGGCCACUCGAACCGCCGGGUUUGGCAUUGUCAGUCUGUCGGACCUUCACCCGGCCAUUCAAGUGUCAUACUUGAUCAUGAUGUAUAUCUCCGUGUUCCCCAUUGCCAUCUCCAUGCGUCGAACGAACGUGUACGAAGAAAAGAGUCUGGGAAUCUAUGGCUACGAAGAGGAGAACGUUGAGGAAACCCAGACUGCUCCCAGUUACAUCGGUGCUCACUUGCGGCGUCAGCUGAGUUUCGAUUUGUGGUACGUCUUCUUGGGACUGUUCAUCAUUUCUAUCGCCGAAGGUAGUCGCCUGCAGAGCCCGAGCGACUACAGCUUCCAAUUGUUCACCGUGUUAUUCGAGGUGGUGUCGGCCUACGGUACCGUGGGCUUGUCAUUCGGAUACCCCGGUGUCAACACGUCUUUCUCGGGACAGUUCAACGUGGUUUCCAAGUUGGUCAUCAUUGCCAUGCAGAUCCGUGGUCGUCACCGUGGUCUGCCCUAUGCCCUGGAUCGUGCCGUGCUAUUGCCAUCCGACGCAUUGAACCGCCGCGAGGCUGCCGAGUCUGAACGGCGGAUGCGCCGACGAGCAUCGAAUCUGAGCGGUGCGGAGUCUUUCGGACGGCCACGAUCGCGCAGCUAUUCGCAGUCACAGGCAGACGGCGGGCUCUCGACGGGCCUCGAAUCGCAUGAUUGGCAAACUCAUCCAGCGCCGAACGGGGAUAAUCUCGUGCAUCGCUUGUCGACCGUUCGGUCGGUCCGGUAA